AUGAUGAUGAUGAUGGGCCGUGUGAUGUGUGUGUUGGCCGUUGUGCUGUGCUGCGCCUGCGGGUAUACCAUGACGGCUGCUGCUCCUACUACUACUGUUAAUGCUGGACAGCCAAAGGCGGUGAUGGCUUAUGAUUUUAAUGAUUUUCUUGCAACAGCAAUCUGUGAUUCUGGGAAUAUUGAUCCAAGUAAAACAAAAGUUAAUGAAGUAACAUGUGCAGAUUGGAAAGCUCGUGGGAAUAUUACUGGAGUGUCGGAUCCCCCUCCUACUUCGACAAAGGCGCCAGCUACUGAAACGAAGGUGGUUCCAUCUCAAUCUGCCAAAGGAGUUCAUCAAGUACAAGAGAGAGUAGUUUCACAAGAUCUUCUUCCAAGUGGGUCCCCAGCACACAUCACGUCGACAGGCACCCCGUCAGAUUCUUUAGCGCCGAAGAACGAACAAGCAGUGACACAACCCAGUAUACCUGGGAGUGGUGAGGCCCCACCUAAUGAAGAUGCUCUCUCGGUAGAACGUUCACAAGGCCAAACUCAAGAGUCUACUGAAGCACUACAAAGUGACAAAGGAGUGUCGAAUAACACGGGGGAUAACAGUGCAACGGACACCUCUAAUCCCAACCAGCAAUCUACUGCAACUGAUGAUGUAACUGCCGCACCAAACUCAACAGAAACAAAUGCCACUACUCCGCUGAGCACCGAGAACACUACCACUGAAGCACCAACCACCACUCCAUCUCAUGUUCCCGACACACAGAUCAGCAGCAACACUAUUGCCUCCAACUUGCAGAAGAAGGCUAAUGUUGACAGCAGUGUCAGUCCUGUGUGGAUGCGUACUGCAGCACCGUUACUGAUUGUGGUGGUAUUGGUUUCCGCUACUGUCUGCUGA